AUGCCAACUGGUUUGCCUUGUAAUGAAUUAUCUAGCAACCCAAAGAAUCACUGUGAUUUGUAUGAUAAAGAUCUUGUCCAAAUGCUUGAGCAUUCCCAAUUUCUUGAACCUGGAAACGGCGUCGCUCCAUCAUGCUCAAACAUGAAUUGGGAAAUGGAGUUUCUGCACGAUCAUGGUUCCGACCCUGUGCUGCAGUACAUUAACCAGAUGCUCUUGGAAGAAAACCUGGAAGAUGAACUAGGGAUGUUCCAGGAUCCCUUGGCUCUAGAAAGUACUGAAAAAUCCUUCUACGAUGCCCUAGGCAGUGAUUCUUUUUCUCCUCCUCCAAAUGAUGAACCCCUAAUAUGCAAUCAGCAAAAGGCAGAAGUUCCGGAUAGUUCUUCUCAGAGUUCGAGUGAGCUUUCUCCAUGGACUUCUGACCUUCAAUACGAUGAUUCGUCUGCAGGGAGAGAUGUUGUUUCAGCUACUUAUUUGAAUAGCCAAUCAGACUCUGUUGGUGGAUUUUGUGAUAGAAUCCUGAGUGCACAGACUGAUGCCUUUGAUUUUGCAAAACCAGAUAGCACAAUUCAAAGCAUCUUCACCGAUAGUGACUCCAUGGUGCUGUUCAGGCGUGGAAUGGAAGAAGGUAACAAGUUCCUCCCAGCUGUUAGCCAACUGUUCAAUGAUUCUGCAAAAUACAAAUUACCUACAAAGCCUACAGGGGUUGUGGCGAACAUAGAAACAAAUGGAACAGCUGAUUUUCAUAGCGGAAGGAAGCAUCGUCACUCAGAUGAUGAUCGUGAUUUAAAUUAUCUUAGGAGCAGCAAGCAGUGUGCAACUGUAUCCUCAGUUCAGGAGGAGGAGUUAUUGGAUAAAUUUGAUAGAGUACUGCUUAAUCAUGUACCUCCAGAGGAUUUGACAGUGCCUAAUACCAGUCAUGUAGCUCAACGUGAAUCUAAAAAUGAGCUGAUUGUUGAUAAAAGAACUCGUGGAAGAAAGGCUAGAAUUGGUAGUGAUGCUCCAGAUCUUAGUGCACUUUUAAUGAGUUGUGCUCAGUCCGUUGCUUCCAAUGAUAGGACGACUGCAAAUGAACAGCUAAAGCUGAUUAAGAAAUAUGCUUCUCCUACUGGUGAUCCUGACCAGAGGUUGGCUGUUCUGUUCGGCAAUGGACUCGAGGCGCGUUUAGCAGGUACUGGACGCGAGCAAUAUAUAGCUCUUACUUCAAAGAAGAUAUCUGCUGCCGAGGAGUUGAAAAGCUACAAGGUAUUUCAUGUCUCACCUUUUAAAGCAAUUCCAGUGAUUUUUGGGAAUCAACUGAUUCUGGAAAGAGCAUCUAAAGCUACCACUCUACAUAUAAUAGAUUUUGGAAUCGCAUAUGGUUUUCAAUGGCCAAGCCUCAUCCAGCAUCUUUCCCACAGGCCUGGCGGCCCUCCCAAGCUUCGCAUCACAGGAAUAGAGAUCCCCCAGUCAGGUUUCAGGCCAACAGAAGGAGUCGAAGAGACAGGUCGCCGGUUGGAUAGAUACUGUACACGUUUCAAUGUACCAUUUGAAUAUCAAGCUAUAGCAACACGAAGUUGGGAAACGAUCAGAGUUGAGGAACUGAAGGUUACCAGAGGGGAGGUGCUUGUUGUAAAUUGUCAAUUUCGAUUCAAGAGCCUACUUGAUGAGACAGUGGCCGAGGAGGAGAGUCCAAGAGAUGCUGUUUUGCACUUAAUCAGGAAUCUACAUCCUGACAUAUUCAUAACUAAUCAUGCCAACGGGUUGCAUGGUUCACCUUUCUUUCUAACUCGCUUUCGAGAGGCCUAUCUGUUUUUCUCCUCAUUAUUUGAUGCAGUUGACUGUAAUCUACCCAGGGAUGAUGAGCAGCGUGUGAAAUUUGAGCAAAACUUUUUUGGGCCAGAAAUUAUGAAUUUGGUUGCUUGUGAGGGGCACGACAGGGUUGUGAGGCCUGAGACGUACAAGCAAUGGCAGGUAAGGUGUAUACGGGAUGGAUUUAAACUCCUACCGCUAAGGGAAGAUCUCAUGAAGGAGUUAAGGAAUCGUGUGAAGACAAAAUACCACAAAGAUUUCGUUUUAGAUGAAGACAGAGGCUGGAUGCUGCAAGGAUGGAAAGGCAAGAUAAUUACUGCUAGCUCCUGUUGGGUACCUGCAUAG